UCCGGACCACCGGAUCGCCCUCUUCGCCGUCGCCACGGUGGCACCAUCGAGGUAAAAGUGAGUGUCGCAAGUUGAUCGAAUGUUUGACGAAUUUGUAAUCGCGAUGAAAGUUGCAUCUUACUUGGCUACCCGAUCGACGUGGACGAAACUUGGAAGAGCGGGACGUGGAUAGGAUCCAGGAUAAAUUUCAUGCAAGCUAGUUUCGCCGAUGUCGAUUAACGCAAAGCUGUGAUUGACCGAGGGUUGCAGCGUCGCUCAGGGCACUGACAUCGAUUAAAUCAAUCUCCUCUCUAUCCAUGCUCAUAUCCGCACGCACGCGGCCCUUCCUCUCCCACAGCAAUGAUUGAACGGUUUAAUCACUUGCUACGCCGGCGAGAUCCAGCAAGGCACGACUGAAAACCAUCGUCGCGGAAACAUCGAGCACGUCGUCGUGUUUAUGGCAAACCCAUCACCUCGUUAUGUCUCAGUGCCGUUAACGUCGUAGACAGUCUUGUGAUAAAUUUCCAGCACCUACAACAAAAUAAGUUGCGCCGUGGAUCAUCAGGGAUGAAUCGGCAGACGAUGCGGAGGAUCGGGAUGGAUGUUGGGCAACGCGUUGCGAAAAUUCGACACGAAGCCCGAUCGACGAAUUGAGGGGAGGCUUGUGAGCGGGCAACGAGCGCGAAUGCACGCCUUCACACGGACACUGUUGCAUUGACUUUCAUGCUCGUCGAAUUGCAUGGUUUCACCCGAAAAUCCAAUACGCUCGAUUCUGAUGGUCCAGUGCGCCUCAGUGACUUGAACAUGGAUCGGAAACAUGGAUAUGCCACAUACAUGCAAAAAAACUAACAUUUCUCCAAAAAAAAACCUGCACUUCGGAGUCCAUGGAAUUUCAGAGCAGAAAAUUACGGAAAAUAGGGAUCGAGGAAAAUUCUGAAAUAGAGAUGAAAAUGUUGGAGAAGAAUAGUCGACGUUUAUCGGCCAGGUGUUGACUCCGCGUUUAUCGAGAGCAAAGAAAAAAAGCAUUGGAUUCGCUCUAACGAGAACGGACCAUGAUACAUUAUUUAACCAGAUGAUGAAUAGCGAACACUGAAGACGGGAAAAUAUAUUUUAGCCAUGAUGGAGGCUCACGUUGAUCAAGCAGCAAACUCAACCGUAGAAAAUCCAAUUUUCAUCGAUGCACCAAUCAUUUUAACAGCAAUUGUGCUCUGUCUCCUGAUUCUCAUCACUAUCGUAGGGAAUCUAUUCGUAAUAGCAGCUAUCGUAUUAGAGAGAAAUUUGCAAUCCGUAGCAAAUUAUUUAAUCGUCAGUUUGGCUGUCGCGGAUCUUAUGGUCGCCUGUCUUGUUAUGCCUCUUGGAGCUGUUUAUGAGAUAAACUCAGGAUGGUCACUCGGUCCGGAGCUCUGCGACAUGUGGACCAGCAGCGACGUUCUAUGUUGCACAGCCUCGAUAUUGCAUCUGGUGGCUAUCGCGGUCGACAGAUAUUGGGCAGUCACCAAUAUCAAUUAUAUACAGGCGAGGAAUCCGAGAAGAAUCGGCAUCCUAAUCAUCGCUGUAUGGGUGAUAUCCUUAGGAAUCUCAUUAGCGCCUCAGCUCGGAUGGAAGGAUCCUGAUUAUUUGGACCGCAUAGCCCAAGGGACGUGUCUCGUAUCGCAGGACACCGCAUAUCAGAUCUUUGCAACUUGCGCGACGUUCUAUCUUCCGCUCCUGGUCAUCUUAUUCCUGUACUGGAGGAUAUUUCAAGCGGCGCGAAAAAGGAUCAGGAAGAGGCCCGGUACUAUUCUUCAGCCGCCGCGUGAAAGAAGAGGCAUCCUCAGGCUCGUCACGAGGAGGCCGCGAGAGGAGUCGACGGCGUUCACCAUCACGAGAUCCACGCCCGAUCACUCGUCGAUCUCACCGGAGAAGUCGUCGUCGUACAACGGGGCGAACGUGACGCCGUCGGCGACGGUGACACCGACAGCGGUCUCGACGACGACCACGACGACGACGUUGACGAACCCGACCAGCACGAGCCAGCAGCAGCAGGUGGUCAAGUGCACGAAGCGCACACGCGAGACGAUCGAGUCGAAGCGCGAGCGUAAGGCGGCCAAAACCCUGGCGAUCAUCACCGGUGCUUUCGUCGCCUGCUGGCUACCGUUCUUCCUGGUCGCCCUGCUGCAGGCUAUAUGCACGACCUGCGAGCCGCCCAAGCUCGUGGCCAGUGUGUUUUUGUGGCUGGGAUACUUCAAUAGCACCCUCAACCCCGUGAUUUACACUGUGUUCUCGCCGGAAUUUCGGCAGGCAUUCAAAAGGAUGCUGUGCGGUGGUACCCGGGGACUUCGCUGACAGUGGAUUUAAUUCCUUUGCCACGUGCGUGCGAUCCAAUGAGGGAGGGAUAUGCGUGAAUUUGUACAUAUAUAUACAUACAUAUAUAUAUACGUUCGCUACCGGCAUUUUUCUCGGUGUUGUGUGAUAUCUGGAUGCUCAAAAAUCUAAGUAUUAUUGUACUAAAUGAAUACUCUGUUACUCGUAUAUCUAAAUGUGAUAUUGAAAAAUUAACAAUUAUUAUGUUGCAUUUAUUUUUUUCUAUUCUCUUGGACAAUCUGUCUUCAAAGAAAAUGGACGAGUAUCUUAUUUUCUAAUAUAAUUGUUUAUGGCUUGCUCAUGUGUGUUCUUUAUAAUUCUUAAUAAUAUGUUUUUGAAAAUUUUGAAGAUAUAUCGUUUAAAUCAUGUCAGCUUCGAUUUUGCAUCGAUCAGCAUCUAGACGAAUGAUAUUCCACACAACACUGCUUCUUCUCACAGCUGUUCAAGAUUCAAUCAAGCUGUGCGCCGUUACUUUCAUAAACACUUUUAACGAAUAUGGCUCAUUGCCGUAAAUGUUAGUUAAAAUUAACCGAAAUUUCACUCGCGGUUAGUAUUAAUUAUAGUUAAUCGAUGAUGAUGAGAGCGAUCCUGCGUAGAAUAUUUUUGCGAAAACGCUUCCCUGGGCUAUCGGAGGAUCAAACGACAAUGAUGCAACAUUAUUCGCGAUUUUGUUCAAUUAAUCAUAAAAAAAUCCGGCAUUAGAUAUUCAAAUUCACACGAUUUUAAUUCAUCAAAAUAGAAAUCAGAGUAUAUUUUAAUACAUAAACUGGCCGAUACGUGUAUUACUUAUAUUAGUGAGACUUCUUAUCGUUCAAAGAAC